AUGGGGCUUUGCUGGUCUUCUCCAUCUGAUUCUCCUCCAACAAUAACACCUAGCUCUACUGGUACCAUCAGCUCAGGUGCAUUAAAGUCAACGACUACAGGAACAUCAAGAAGUAACAUAUCUAGCAAUAGUGGAUUCUCUGCGGGAAGUGGUGAAGAUGCUUACCCUGAGGGUCAGAUACUUCCCACUCCGAACUUGAGGACAUUCAGCCUCGCAGAGCUUAGAGCUUCAACGAGGAACUUCAAGUCUGAGAAUGUUCUUGGAGAAGGAGGAUUUGGGAAAGUCUUUAAAGGCUGGCUUGAAGAUAAGACACCAGGGAAACACAGCAGCACUACUGGAACUGUGAUUGCUGUCAAGAAACUAAACUCCGAGAGCUUCCAAGGAUUCGAGGAAUGGCAAUGUGAGGUGAAUUUUCUUGGGAGGAUUUCUCAUCCGAAUCUUGUCAAGUUGUUGGGAUACUGCUUGGAAGGUGACGACUUGCUUCUGGUGUAUGAGUAUAUGCAGAAAGGAAGCUUAGAGAAUCAUCUCUUCCGAAAGGGUUCUGGAGUACAGCCACUCUCAUGGGACAUAAGGCUUAGGAUAGCUAUAGGAGCAGCUAAAGGCUUAGCCUUUUUGCACGCUUCAGAGAAGCAAGUCAUUUAUCGAGACUUCAAAGCUUCAAACAUUCUACUUGAUGGGUCAUAUAACGCAAAGAUAUCAGAUUUCGGAUUGGCGAAACUAGGUCCUUCCGCGAGUCAGUCUCACAUCACAACACGAGUAAUGGGUACACAAGGUUAUGCAGCUCCAGAGUAUGUUGCUACAGGUCAUUUGUAUGUAAAGAGUGAUAACUACGGGUUUGGAGUUGUGUUAGCUGAGAUCUUGACUGGUUUACGCGCGCUUGAUCCAAACCGUCCUACGGGACAACACAACCUAACCGAAUGGGUCAAGCCUCAUUUGUCCGAAAGAAGAAAGCUCAGGAGCAUAAUGGACCCUCGUCUUGAAGGAAAAUACCCUUUCAAAUCCGCUUUCCGAGUGGCUCAGCUGGCUCUUAAAUGCCUCGAACCCGAACCGAAAAACCGUCCGUCGAUGAAAGAAGUGGUGGAAGCUCUCGAGCUCAUUGUGUCUGCCAAUGAGAAACCUUUGGAGCGAAGGAACACUAGAGCUUCACCGAGCGUUGGUCACCGAGAAGGCCAUUAUCGCCGGCAACAUCUUUCUUCAUUUCAUCCGAGGCAAACCACGCCUCGAGCUCACUAG